AUGGCGAUAGGUCGCUGGCAGCGGACAGGCCUGCUUCUUGGCCUUUGGGCCAAUGGCGCCCUGGCGAAGAUGGUUAUGGGCAUCGCUGAUGGUGAAGACUACCAGCUGGCCCGAGAACCAAGAAGCACUAUGGUGCUGCCGGAUUCCCAGGCCAUGACUUUGCUGGAGAGCGGUGGAGCAAUGAGCAGCUUCCUCCCAAGCAUCAUCUGCGGUGUUAUCUCCCUGGGAUGCCUACUUGCUGGCAUCAUCCUUACCAUCAUGGGCGGGGGCACGGUGGCGGAUGCCAGCGGCAGUGUGGGGGAAUCCUUCGAAUCCCUCGGGACGGUGUGCACGAUUGCGACCGCGGACCACACCUUCCAGAGCAAGCGCGAGUCGCAGACUGCCGAAGCGGGUGCAGCCAACGACCUGGUGGAGUUCUGCGAAGACCGUGUGGCAUACACCUUCACUUUUGACGGGAGCACCCUCUCGGAGCGAGUGCAAACCUCCCGGCGGCCCAGCGUCACCCGGGAUGGGGUGUUCGACUCGUUCGCGCCGGUGGAAGACCGAUGCCAAGGCGCCGGCGGAUACGACAGCGACCUCGUUUGCGAGAGUGCGUGUCGUCCGGGCCAACAGGUGCCGUGCUGGCGAGCUCAGGGUUGCAGCGACUGCGCCAGCGAGUUGGCAUGGGCCAAGUGUGCAAACCCCGCCUGCAUCAAGAUCAUCCCGCCCCUCGCCGAGCAGCAGCAAUCUCAGGAGGAGGGCGACAUCAUCCAGCUGCUGGGGCUCUUCUUCUUCAUCAUUGCUGGGGGCUCCUGCUGCUUCACCGUUGGCUUCACGGCUUGUGCCAUGCGACGCAGCUGA